AUGGAGGCAACUCUCGGUCGUCCGAAAGAUCUAAAUUUUGAAUUCAAUAUCUUCAACCAUCAGCCAACUGCCCCGGCAACUGCGAGUGUAUCACCUUGUUUGGCCCCAGAUGUUGCAGCUACUCUGGUUGAUGACUCUUUCGGCACUCUCGAAGCACCACCAUACCAACAAUGGCCCCAUCUUGAUAUGCAGACGCACCAAGACAACACCCAGUGGUUAUCCACGAUGGGAGCAUCUCAGAUGACUACACCCCCGGCAAGCUCGAUCCUGUGCAACUCCGGAUCCAUCCAUGCACAGCAAAUUCCUGGGGAAGUGGAGCGCUGUUGUUCUCAUGGACCAAUGGCGCAGAAGGCUCCUGACUGGAGCUCCAAGCGAAUGACGAAAUUACAAAACUUCUUGACUGCUAUCUGCAAUCACCCCAUUCCAACAAUGUCGGAGCACAAUGGGCAAGUCGACGGCCUGUACAAUGGCUCCUGUCUUCCUAUAUCCCUACAUGGAAUGUCUAGCGUGCAAUUUGCAGGGGCCCUCAGCCAGCUUGGUAAUGUCUCUAACACAUUGGGAUUCAUAUACGGCAUGCUUAGCUGGGAGAUUUUUAAAAGAGAAGAGGAAAGGGUUAUCAGAGAGGAGCAUCUUUCUCCGGUCCUUGCCGCAAAGAAGGUAAACCGACAAAUGUCAGACCUUCUCAAGCACUCAGGGAAAGCAAAGGAUUGGGCUAGCGAUGGUCGAAAAGCCGCUAAAAUAGUCUUUGGAACCUUGGAAGGAUGCAGCAAAGCAGUCAGAUCAUUCGCUCUUUUCCUACUCGGCAAUGUUUGCAGCCUUGACAAUAUGCUAAAGGUUGCCCACUUCCCUAUCAUCCGUGAAAACUUCCAAAUGAGCUUUGCACAAAUUGUUGCCGAGAAGACACCGCAAUGGGAGGCCCUAGGGGCCAAAGGCUAUAAGGUCUUUGACUAUAUUGAAUUCCUAAGACUUCGCGGACCCCCAGCAGGCAUGUAA